UCGAAACCACUACUUAUUGAACCCGAUUCUGCUUCAUGCACCAAGUCGCUUGCAGGCGUGCAGUAGGUGUGUACCCCUUAGAGAGGUAAUAAUUGAGUAACACAUUCCUUCAUUAAGAGCUCGCCGCCCAGAUUCCUGCUCCUGACGAUGCAGUACAACAACGUGUAUCCCCAUGACCACGAUAACCGCCAACCUUAUCCCUCCCCAGCUAGUCACCAUGCUCGGUCGCCACCUGACCAUCUCUCUCUAGGUUACGCAGAACAAUCCAAUUCACACCAAGUCAGCUCCUAUCCAGCAACGAAUGCCCUUAUACAAGGGGAAUAUAUAGAGCCCCAUAUGAACCAAGCUCUUCAAUACUCCUACCCUCCGCAAGCGCCGGGUGUUCUGAGGGAUGACCAUAGAUCCUACUUGGCGUCGCAGGGUAGCAGCCUUGAGAACUUCCCUUCGUCACACUCUCCCACGCAUUCGUACCUACCCGGCACCGUGGACCCACAGUCUCCCCGGAGCCCAUCUCGGCCGCCACAACAAUUCACUACCCCUUCACAAACCUAUCAUCAAAAUUAUUCACACUCGCCCUCGACAGCUUCGCAGGGUCCGGCACAACGUCGUCCAAGUAUGGAUCCCUACUAUCACAUGUCGCCUAAUCCCCAGCACCUUUCGCACGCGGCAACGUCGCAUGGUGGAAGAGGCAGCGGUGGCGUUCACUCUGGGUCUCAGCAUUCACACUCCCAAUCGCACUCAUUGAGUGCGUCUGGCGAGCGUUAUCCAUGCGAGCUCUGUGAGCGGACUUUCACCCGGUCUCACGAUCGCCGUCGGCAUUACGAAACGGUCCAUGCAGCAACACCUGCCCUUCACAAAUGUCGCUAUUGCCAGAAGGACUUUAGUCGUGCUGAUUCUUUGAAACGUCAUGUUGAUAAUGGAUGUGAUGAGAUGCCUUCCCACCGAUAGACACGGAGAAUAGGUGAGAAGCGUUAUGCCAUGCUGUGCGAUACUACUUGGCAGCCAGCAUGCUGUGGAUGGGGUUUACAUUAUACCGGGAUUAUUUCUUGUACCUUUUACUUUCGCCUUCUAUGCUCUACUUGCUAUCACCCUGCAACCUU